AUGCGUGGGAGUACGGCCGGGUUAGCCGACACGCUCGCGACAGACCGACACGCGCGGGCCCGUAGCCUGCUUCUAAAAUUCGCAGAUGAGGUGUUCGGAAGUGCUGUAGUAGCCCCCGCGGUUGUGACUUACUGGCGAGGGACCUGGUCGCUGAUGGACUUCUACGUCCUGCCUAAACAACCAGUGAACAGCGGGAUAGCAGCCCUCGUGUUUGGUUUGAGCGUGAACUUCUUUUUGUGCGUAUUCCAGACGCAAUUGAGCAAGCAUAUACGCCCUGAUAAGGGUAGAUUUACGUAUUAUGUGCUCUCGAGGCUAUACACUUAUGUGGCUGCAUUGGCGUGUGUUGGCGUGUGGCGAGGAGUACGGAACCUCCUCGAUGCAUGCACGGAAGGUAGUGCAACGAUUGUCAUUUACGUCACGGCAGCAGCGACGUUAUCUCUAGCGGCGUUACGGAGUCUAAGGAAUAUAUCGGCUGCCCCGUUUGCUGUUCUUAUUGACGCGCCUAAGGAUUUUUUCAAUGUUCCUACUUUGUUUAGAACGAGUAAUCAGAAAACGGCUCUAUACAUACUGGACUGUUUGUUUUCUGUGACUGUGAUCGGGUCACUCGUGGUGGUCGUGUGGGGAGGUCUGUGGGGAGUGAUUGACAUUUACCUCUAUCCAGAUGAUCCUGUCAAAUCUUGCUGGAUGUCACUUAUAGUAGGUUACUCUAUGGUAUUUCUGACGUUUUCGCUGCAGGCGCCUAUGCAGUGGGUUGUCGCAAGACUUCAGGGAGCCCCAAGGCUGUUGAUCGCUGAUGUUUACUUCUUUCUUUCCUUCGCUUCCACGGUGAAUGUAUGGCGAGCAAUUUGGGGAUUUCUGGAUAUUUAUUUUUUGCCAGAUUCGCCUCUCUUAAGCAACUGGUCUUGCCACAUCGUAAGUCUGGCGUUGCUGAUUCUCUUAAAUUGUUCAAAUUCAAUUCUUGUACGAGGAGUUUAUAUAGACGCAGAGGAACCGGCGGGCGAAUGCGUCAUUUUCUCCUGCCACUACCUCCGACUCUUCUUUCAGAAGAAAAGAACAAAGCGACAUAAAGCUUUAGACUUAACGAAAAAAAUGGAGGAAGCCAGUGUGCCUUUGCAAACACCAGAAGAGAAAUUGUAG